AUGACUUCAAUGGAUGAUUCAAAGCGUUCAUUAGUGGUUAUGGCCGAUUCAAGAGUUCGCAAGAAUGCAUCAGAACCAAUCAAUACAUACUCAUUCAUUCAUGGAAGUUAUGAUUCAACAUUAACCAGAACAGUGAAUGAUAUAUUAAAUGAUUUGAAUAUUAAGGUAAGAGUUGAACAGAAGAACGAAGAAAUAAAGACUAUCAUGAAUGAAAACAAAGAUGUAAACAUUGACGAUAAACUUGCCCAGAGCAUAGUUGAUGGCAUCUGUGAUUUUGAAGUACAUAAUGACGGUGGAAACAUGAAUUUAGAAAAAGAAGUUACAUUAUUCACACUGUUUCAAGCAAUUAAUUCGUUACCUAAUCAUUUAAUUAAUGAAGCAUAUGAUAACGUUUAUAACUUCUGCAAUUUAACUGAAAAUGCAAAAAGUAAUUUUGAAAAAGCACGUAGUAGAUAUGCACAUUUAAUGACUUCUCCAUUUGUUUUAGUGAAGAUUCUAAAACUUUAUCAAAAGGAAUAUUAUGAUGAAUAUGUUUUACCUUUAUUACGUAAGCCAAAAAUAACAUUUGAUAUCAAACUUGAUGACUCGUUUUUGAUAACAGAUAUUAGACGCAGGGCUGAAAAUCAUCGGUAUAAAAACAGUUCUGAAGUAAUUGAGGAUUUAUCACGUGUAAUCCGUUUUGUAGAUUAUGGAAACAAAUACUUCAUUCAAAAGGACUAUAAUAUUCAUGAUAAAAUGAAUCAAAUAUCAUUUGUUCUUCAAUCAAACAUGAAAGAGUCACUCAAAAUGAUUAAAUUAUUUAAAGAAGAAGGUAAAACAAUAACAGCAUGGGACGUACUACUAAAUCAAUUAUCCUCAUUAACCGUUAAGGGUGUUUGCUUUAAAUCUGAUUCCCCCGAUGUUUUCUCAACGUUUCAAGGUUAUAAAUACAACAUUCUUGAAAAGCCUGAUUACUCAAAAAUUGAGAUGUUUAUGAAUUUCAUUAAAGAAGCCAUUUGUGAUAAUAACGAUGAAGUGUAUAAAUACCUUCUCGGCUGGAUUGCAUCAAUGAUUCA